CGUCGCAGCAAGUUCGCGAGUUCGAGCAGCGGCGCACAGCGAGAAAAGAAGAGCAGCGUUCCAAGCGUUUUCGGCCCCCAGUCGCUGACGCCGAGGGCGGCGCAGAAAACUUGGCUCCUUUUCCGCAGAAAGGGCGCGCGAGUGGAGAUCCGCGACUAACGGAUCUCGAUCCUAGACGAACUAGUUUUAGAUUGCGCAAUUCCGAAGCCACAAUCGCGAAAAGCAACUGUUUUUAAGUGCGCGCGUCGACGAGUGAAAUUCGAUAGCAAACGGCAAAGGCAAAGCUCUAAAAAGCCGUUUUAAAACAAAACAAAAAAAAAACACUGACAAAACACAAAAACAACAGAGCAACAUGGCGACCACCGCCUGCGUCCGCUGCGCCCAACAGCAACAACAAAACAAACAGCAUGAGGCGCAUGCGCAGCAGCAGUUGCAGCAGCAGCGACGCAACAGCAACAACAACAGCCCGCGGAUUCUGCACAUUUAUUGCGCGUGGGCGUUGAUCACUCUCUUGGCCGCCAGCGCCGCGAUGGUCCAAAGUGCAGCAGUCUUUGGUGAUCUGCUGUCCCAUCCAACUUUCAAGCCGCUCUGCAGUGCCCAGCACGAGCACUUCAUCGAGAGCGAUGGCAAAGAAUCUAGUCUCAUCAUCGAACUGAAGCCGGGUUCCUAUGGGGCGGAGCACGCCUCCUGCGCCCGCAUCCUGAGUGCCCCGCCCAACUAUGGCUUCAUAGUGCGCCUCAUCCUGCCAAAGCUGCCGCACGGCCAGCCCCUGGAUGUGGCCACCACCAGGAGUCCCUCGGCCACGAACAUCAUGGCCGCAUCAGCCGGUGCUAACAACACCUCCAAGCUCCGACGAACGGCCAAGUCCGGCGGAAUCAUGGAAUCCCCGGCACUCCUCAACUCCACGAAGGCUUCCCGGGUGAUGGGACGCACCUGCCCUCUGAACAUUUUUAGCUCUUUGGACCCGCACACGGCCCAGUGGCGAGUGGAUCCCUGCCAGUUGGAGGACACCGCCUCGGAGAUGGAGGAUCCGGUGAGGCUCUUCCACGGUCGCGUCAAGAUCGUCUGGGAGCACGGUCAGCACACGCUGCGCUCCAAGCUGAUGGUCACGGUCCUCGGGAAGGGCGAGCAGUGCAAGGAUGGCAGCAAGCACCAGUGCCUGAAGAUUGGCGAUGAGCCCAUUCUGUGCAUCUCCAAGGAGCUGACCUGCGACGGGAUCCGCCACUGUCCGUACAGCAACGAGUACGACAGCGAUGAGGACUACGAGCUGUGCUCGAAGCAGCAUCGCCCGGGAUUCGGACACCUGUCCACCGGCCUGGAGUCGGAUCUCUUCGAGCAGUUCGCCCUGGAAGUGUUCCGCAACCUGUUUGCCCACGACGCCCCGACGGCACCCGAGGAUUUGCCGCGGAACAGUAGUGAUGGCGCCGAAGGUUUGGGCUUGGAUAACUCGACGGCCACCUCGACGACCACGCUGCGAAAAGUGCACACCAAAGACAUGAAGAAGCCGGGCGAUGGGUCACCCAAUUCCAUUGGGCCGAGCCUGGCCACCGAGGGGGAGGAGCAGCAGCAGCAGAAGCCGGAAAACGAUACGGCUGAAAUGGGAGCGGGAACUGGAGGCGGUGGCAGCGGAUUCACGCGACGGAACUCGACGCGCUCUGGCCUCCACUCGGACCUAUCGAAGUACGGGCCGUGGGGCUACCUGAUGCUCGGCAUGCUCCUGUGCGGCGGAGCCCUGCUCAUCUGCGGCCUCUGGGCCUCCGCCUCGCAGCAUGCGGUCAACAACGAGCGAGAGGCGGCGCUGGCCGCCGCCAAUGGAGGAGGAGGAGGUGGUGGCCCGGACCACCUGGGCGCCAGUUCGCCGCCGAACUACGAGGAGCUGGAUCCCCCGCCGGCCUACUCGGUGCUCUUUCCCAACCAAAAGGCCGCCAGCAGCACCACACUGAACCUAGAUGCUGCGGCAGCCAGUACAAGUACGGCGGCAACACCCAGCAGCGAUGCCCAGCAGCAACAUCCCGCCCAGCAGCAGCAGCAACAGCAACAGCAGCAGCAGCAACAUCAACCAGAACAGCCAACGAACUAG